CGCGCCUGCGCAGUGAGCCGGAGGAAGCAGCAAUCUGAUGCAACCGGCUGACAGUGUGAGCAGAAUAGCCAUGAGUGCGGAGAUCAGCGAGGGCACCGCUCAGCUCCGGCUCGACAAAAUGUACAUUUCUGACCGAGAGGGAAGCGAUGAAACCGGGGAUGGAACUAAAGAAAAACCAUUGAAAACGGUUCUCAAGGCAAUGCUGAAAGUUGGUAAAGAGCCAUUUCCUACAUUCUACGUGGACUCACAGAAAGAAAAUGAGAGAUGGGAUGUGAUUUCCAAGUCACAGCUGAAAAAUGUGAAAAAGCUCUUUAACCGGGAACAGAUGAAGAAUGAAGCAAAGGAAAAGAGAGAGGCAGAAGACAACUCGAGACGCGAAAAGAAUUUGGAAGACGCAAAGAAAAUUGAAAUCCAGAAUGACCCUAGUCUCCCAACACCAACAGCAGCUAAGAUCCGUCAAUUGGAAGCAUAUCGAGGCCAGAGAGUGAAAGUGUUUGGCUGGGUACACAGGCUGCGUAGACAAGGGAAGAACUUGAUGUUCAUUGUACUAAGAGACGGCACUGGAUUUCUACAAUGUGUUCUGAAUGACCAGUUGUGCCAGUGUUACAAUGGUCUCCUGCUCUCCACAGAGAGCACGGUUGCUGUAUAUGGCAUGCUGAACUUGGUGCCAGAAGGAAAACAGGCUCCAGGAGGCCAUGAACUGACCUGUGAUUACUGGGAGCUCAUAGGUUUGGCUCCUGCUGGUGGUGCUGACAACCUUCUUAAUGAAGAGUCUGAUGUGGAUGUUCAGCUUAACAACCGUCACAUGAUGAUCAGGGGGGAAAACAUGUCCAAAAUCUUCAAAGUGCGCUCUACUGUCAUCAAUUGCUUCAGAAGUCAUUUCUUUGAUCGUGGCUAUUAUGAGGUUACGCCGCCAACAUUGGUCCAAACACAAGUGGAAGGUGGCUCGACUCUCUUUAAGCUGGAUUACUUUGGAGAAGAGGCCUUCCUAACACAAUCAUCUCAGCUGUAUCUAGAAACCUGCAUUCCAGCUCUGGGCGACACCUUCUGUAUUGCUCAGUCCUACCGCGCAGAACAGUCUAGAACACGCAGACAUCUUGCUGAAUAUACGCACAUAGAAGCCGAAUGUCCAUUCAUGACAUAUGAGGAUUUGCUUGAUCGCCUCGAGGACUUGGUGUGCGAUGUGGUUGACAGAGUGUUAAAGUCUCCUGUAGCCAGCUUGAUCUAUGACCUGCAUCCGGAAUUCAAGCCACCUAAACGUCCGUUCAGGAGAAUGAACUAUACGGAGGCCAUUGCCUGGUUAAAGGAGCACGAUGUUAAGAAAGAUGAUGGUACUUUCUAUGAGUUUGGAGAGGAUAUCCCUGAAGCUCCAGAGAGACACAUGACAGAUGCCAUCAAUGAACCAAUCUUGCUUUGCCGAUUUCCAGCCGAAAUAAAGUCCUUUUACAUGCAGCGCUGCCCGGAAGAUAAACGUCUUACCGAAUCUGUGGAUGUGCUCAUGCCCAAUGUUGGUGAGAUUGUUGGAGGUUCCAUGCGUAUCUGGGAUAGUGAUGAGUUGUUAGAAGGUUACAAGAGAGAAGGAAUUGACCCAACACCUUAUUACUGGUACACAGACCAGCGCAAAUAUGGCACAUGUCCACAUGGUGGCUACGGUCUGGGCCUGGAACGCUUCCUCACCUGGAUCCUGAACAGACACCACAUCCGAGAUGUAUGUCUGUACCCACGAUUCGUCCAGCGCUGCAAACCCUAACUACCUGUACUGGAAAUCCUACACUGAUGUAUUGGUGUAUAGGCUUCUGCUCCUGCUGUCUACGUGUUCUGUGAAGAUUACAUUUUAGAAACGAUUUACCAUCAGGCUGCUAUAAAACUUUAUUUUCCAACCUUGUUCUUGUGGUAACCAAGAUUUCAGUCCCAAAACAUCCGAUUAUAAUGAUUUUUUUCUGCAUUUUCUAAACAUACACAUGGGAUCAACAUCUGAAAUAUGCUACCCCACUCUGAGCCUAGCCAUGUAUUUACUGAAUAUACUGUACUGGGCCACAAACACCAUAUGUAGAGUGUUUCACAGCGUAAAGUUAUUCAUAAAACACACCUUCAAAUAAAGAAAGAUUCUUAAACAA